AUGUCGCAGUCGAGCUACAAAGCAGACCUGGUCUUCUCACUGGACUCUCAGAACAUGUCUAGCUUCCCCGAAGCGGCAUACCACGCGGAUCGUGGGUCUCUCGGUCGACUAUACUAUGCAGUGGACUCGACGUGGAUCUCGCAUACAUUUGCUAUCACGUUCCUUUCACUCUGCUAUAUAAGAGGCGUCAUAGAUGAAAACCUCCAAAUCUGUUACCAGCCUUCCAAAAUAGAGAGCGGUAAAUUGUUUACACGUCUCCCAUCAUCAUCAUGGUCGAUUCUCGCCCGACUGCUUCGACUGGCAGAAGAAAUAUUCGACAGUGUGAACCCAGCAACGAGCUUUCAUUAUGCGCACGACUUCCAAGCCAUUGUCCACUACGCAGUCACUUUGGUACUGGUCUCCGAGAAGGACAAUCAGCAUCUGGAGGAAAAAGAGAUUGAUGACAUCGCAAUUCAGUCAUUACUUAAUUUGAUGAACGAUUCUGGCGUUGAUUGGGCAGGCAAUCUUUUUGGAGAGUCGCUUGACUUCCCUGAGCUGAGUAUGGACGGGAUGCUGUGA